AUGAAGCCCCGCAGCCCGAGCUGUGCAGAUUCAGGGUCGGAGUCGGACUCCAGAGACCCAGAGAAGUUUGAGAGUGCCAUGCGGCGGAGGAUGGCGGCCAACGCUCGAGAGAGGAAGAGGAUGCAGGGCCUGAACACCGCAUUCGACCGCCUCCGCAAAGUGGUUCCUCAGUGGGGUCAGGACAAGAAACUCUCCAAAUAUGAGACGCUGCAGAUGGCCCUGAGCUACAUUAUGGCCCUCAACCGAAUCCUGACUGAUGCCAGCAGACACUCAGCUCCUCAGAAAGACUGGCUGAAUCUAGAGUUUGACGGCCUACAGCCAGAGACCUAUUCUUGCUUUAUGCGCUAUAACUCCCCUGUGGAAAAUGACUGUAUGCACUCCUCCUUCGCCUAUCACUACGAAAGCCUCUAAGCUUUCACUGACUGAUAAGCAAUGGUGCGUUCACUUGUAUCUUUCUUAACAUAGAUACAG